AUGUCAUCGGAAUGGCCCGAUACACAAUUGUCAAAUAUACAAAAAACUUUACAAAAUAGUUGGCAAAUUCCAUAUAUAUCUUUAUAUGCUCGAAUUUUUUGUGAUGCUUUUCAACUCUUCGAUUUUCAUCAGGAGGAAUUGGAAGAUGCUUUAUUAUCUGAUAAUCCAGAUGAAAUUCAUCCAUUUCUUCAAGAACUUCUCAUAUCAUUACUUUCCGGAUUGACACGUUUGCAUGUCAAUUCGAGUAAUAUGUUUAUGAUGUUAAGUAAUGUACUUAAACGAUCUGAUUUAACAAUUGUUUCAUCUAUACCAUCAUCUAUUAUGACAAUAUCUGAUGAUACAAUAUCAACAAUAGAUUGGCAAGAAAUGGGAAUAUUUGAAAAAGUUACUGUACUUCGUGCUUUAUGCGAUGCAAGACUUGAUCGACCAGAUAUUGAACAAGUUACUGAAACUAUGUCAGCUGAUUCAAUUCGUUUUGAACCAUUUGGAGAAGAUUCACGUGGAAAUAAAUUAUGGUAUUUUGGUGAUACUCGUCUUUAUUGUGAUUCAUCAAAGAAACAUACUGAAACAUCAACGUGGGAAUGUGUAUGUCGUACAUUAGAUGAAUGGAAUAUAUUUAUUGAGAAUUUUCGUAAAUUAUGUUCAAAAAAAAAUUCAAGUCUUAAAGAUCGUAAAUUAUUAGAACGUUUAAUUACUUUAUAUACUGAAUUACCUGAUAUAUAUGCACGUAAAGAACGUGAUAGACAACGUCGUUGGACAUCUUAUGAACCUAAACGCUCAUCGACACGUCUUGAAGCUAAACGACAAAAACGUCUUGAAUUAGAAGAAAUAACACAAGAACAAAAAGUACGACAUGAAAAAUUUCUUGAAUUUAAACGACGACAAGAAGAAAUUAUUGCUAAAGAAAAAGAACGUUUAGAACGUAAUGAACGUGUUAAACGACGAGAAGAACGUGCAGAUCGUAUUCGACGUCGUGCUGCUGUUGGAUCAUUAACAGGCAUUGUUGAUGGUUCAGAGCAUUCAGAAAAUAGCAAUGCAUCAUCAACAUUAUAUGAUGAAACUAGUAAUCCAAUUGAUACCAGUGAUAUACAUCAAAAAGUUUUGACUUUAUUAAGAACAAAUGAGAACAGUUGGCCAUUUCUUGAACCUGUUACUGAAGAACUAGCACCUAAUUAUUUCUCAAUUAUAGAAAAACCAAUGGAUCUAUCGACAAUACAACAAAAAAUAACUAAUAAAGUUUAUGUUAAUAAUUCAGCUGAAUUUAAUCAAGAUAUUGAAUUAAUGGUUGCUAAUUGUGAACAGUAUAAUGGCAAACGAAGCAUUUUGGGUCGAUUAGCUAAUCGUUUUCAUCGUUAUUUUAAAGAAUGUUGGACUGAAUGUCAACCAAUAACACCACAAUUAGAUGAUGAUAUUGACGAUAUAAAUCAUCAUCGUGAUAAUCCACUUAAAAGACGUUUACAUGAAUCAACAUCAACACCAAUAACACGAGAUAAAAAUAAUAAUACAAGACCAAGAAAAAAUUAUCGACAAUUAGCUGGAUUAAGUGAUGAUGAUAAUGAUGAUGAUGAAGCUGAAUAUAUACCAAUACCAAGUUCAAAACGCGCUCGUCAUUCAACUACAUCUGUACCAAUAUAUAUAACAAUUGAUCCAAAUUCUCCAGAAUUUAUUGUCUAUCAUGAUCAUUCAUAUUUUAUACGUCAUGAAUCAAUAAAUUCAUCAACAGAUAAUAUACCUCGACGUAAAUCAUCAAUAUCAAAUACAAAAUCAAUUAUAAAUAUUCAAACUUCAACAGAACAUCACCAUCACCAACAACAACAAACUUGUUUACCUUCUGUUCAAGUUCUUAAUCGUUUACUUCUUGAACAUCAACAAAAAAUGAAAAAUUCUUCAUCAGAUUCAUCGAUUAAUCCUUCAACAUCAUCAACGAAUACUAUUGAUUUUAGUGCUAUUUUACGAGCACUCUUAGCUAAACAAGGUCAUCGUAUAACAACAACUACGACUGAAAAAAAUGUUAAUAAUAAUACAGAAAAUACUCUUUACUCAUCAUCACCUUCAUCAUUACAACCUGUUAUGAAUUCUCAAUUACAAUCUGAUUCAUCAUCAACGGCUGCAUCAUAA